AAAUGGCGUAGAAGUGUAACAUUUAGAUUUAGAGAAAAAGGCAACCACAGAAUGGGUCAUGCCCUGAUGGUAGACUUUUGUUGAGAAGUGCUGUCCGUCGUGUACAAUUUUAACGAAAAGUAGAGAAGAAAAAGAUGACCGUUUCCGCCAGUCUUGCACUGCAUAGGCACGCGGCGAGGAUUCAGAAUAGGAACGCCGACAAGUACUGGCUCUCAUGGUGGCGCUAUCGCGGAAUGAAGAAAGUUGAAAAUUUUAUGAAACAAGUACCAGUGUCUACAGAUGCGAUACGGGUUAGAAGUUUCGGGUUGUAGUAGUUGUUAGAUAGAUGGCAGAGUCAGAGAGGUGUGUGAACACUGUACUCACAAUGCGAAUGGCGAGAACGAAUCAGGAAUGAAAGAAAGUAUUUUUGUCAUUGUGAUAGAUGUGUGGCCUCUGUGUACCAACUUGGAAGAUUAUUUGAUCUUCGGCUCAAUUCCUUGUGUCUUCUAAAAAAAUUCUCGAGGACGAUCAGCGAUGGCACACUUGUAUUUACGACUCUGGGAGUAUCUGGAAGUAGUCCAUCUCCAACUGAGCUCCACCUGUUGUAGAAGAACAAGAAAGAGGAGCAAAUUGUUCAUCUGUUGUAGAAGAACAAGAUGAAAGAGGAGAAAACGAUGUUUUUACACAGACACCAAGACACCUUCCAUGAGCAUCACCAUGGCGUUGAAGAUGGACUUGUUUCUCGGGAUAAAGCUCUAAGUUUUGUGUAUCUUAUGGCGUAUCUUAGGUGUAACUUAUGGCGUAUCUUCUGCCUCUGCGAGCAAUGGCCUGGGUGAGGUUGAAGUAUGACUGCUAUAGAUGUGACGAUGUUGAUGUCUCUUCAUGGAUACGAUUGAGCAUGACAACAUCAUAUCAAGGAUACGUAGGUACCAAGGAUACAACGAGUACCAAGCAAUGGAUGACGUGCAUUUUUGCAAUUUGAACGGGCGACAUUCAUUUUUGCAAUGGGAACAUUUCCAGUAGCUCCUUUCUAAAAAUUAAGAACUGGUGGUACGAAAGUUUCACUUGUAGUUCAUUGAGAAAAAUAAAAAAAAAUUAAGAACGUCGAACCACGUCUCACAGAAAUGCACCCAAUUUCAUUGAGAAAUAAGGUUUCCUCUUGUUCACUUAUAGCGGUUAUUGUACUACCUACGUCGAUGGCUUCUAGUGUCUGCUGACUCACUCGGGUAACACGAACUUGUGUGGCAAAUGAUCUGUAUGCUUUGCUAUACCGGCAAAAUCUACAACCAACGAAGUCUAAUGGUGUUGACGCAGCUGUACUGCAUCAACACCAUUAGUUAAGGGUUAACCAAUUACAUCCCCCACAACCAUUCCUCACUCUUUUUCCAGUAGGAAAGAGGUGAGGGAUGUUCUGAAGAAUGUAAUUCUGCAACCUUUAAAUUAGUCUUCAUUUGUAGAUUUUGCCGGCGUCUUCUCGGUUCCUCGCUCAAUGAUUCGAUGUUCCAGGCGUGUCGACAGUAGGACAACAAAAUAGAGGAAGGGACAAGAGGUGCCAUGACAUGACAUUGGUAUCGACAGUCACGCUUUGAUCUUGUUCUAAGUACAACUGCAUCUUGGUAUCAACGGUCACUUUCUGUAUGGAAACGGUGCCUCAACUUAGUUCCCACGCUCAUUACUGGGAAGCUGCAGAGAUCUUCGUCGUCUCGCUCUUCUCGAUCGAGUAUCUCGUUUAUGAAAUUUAGACUUGUUUGAAAAGUCCUAGGUAUAUUCUCAUUAUGAAACUCUACUUAUAACAAUUGGGUAGAUGGAUCUUACUUGAUGGAAGCUAGUAUUCUUUUUAUCUCCUUAAUACACUCACGAAGAUUCUUCAUUCAUACUAAUACACUUGCUAAUAGCCAAAUGUGGUUUAUAUACUCACGAAUGAUGAACCGUGGGAGGAAUCUUAUGUUUGGCAUUGGUCCCUCCGCUUCGAUGACACGGUACAAACACUAAUUUCAUCGGGUAUGCGUUACGUCUCGGCCGCUGAGCGAGUUCUUGCUGGCACCGUUAAACCUCGUGGACUUGUUGGCGAUUGCACCUACCUGGAUACAGUUAAGAAUUGUGCCAGUCAAGGAAGAUUUUACCUUUUUUCACCAGUCAGCUGAGAUUACCUUUUUUGGUGACAUUCAGCCGAGAUUACCUUUUUUUUAUAGGAUAGUCAGUACUGAAGAUUAUAUUUGGCGUUGGAUCAGCGCGUGGAAAUCGUCAAGGGGGGGCACUCUAAGCCAUCUGAUAUUGGCGCAAACAGUCAUGCACGAUCAGCGUUUUCUUCGAGUGGUGCGACUCUUCUGGGUCUUCAAGUUUUAAGGGUAUAAAAAAAAGUGACGUAGUCGUGGUAAGACUGAGGACGAUAAUAAGGGUACUUAUAAAAUGUGACGUAGUCGUGGCAAGCCUGAGGACGAUAAUAAGGGUACAUAAAGCGACGUAGUCGUUGUAGGCCUGAGGAUAAUAAGGAAGGGAAAGUGACAUAGUCACCAGCAUGAGGUCGGAGUUGUAAACAUCCAUUGUAUUUUACACUCUUGGGGGGCUUCUAGUGCAACUAUUUCUCAAUCGAACAAUAAGUUCUUGCGAAGCACUCUACUUGUUCCUUACGUAUUAACAUCACGACAGGUUUAACUUCUCUAAAGAUUUGGACGCUAUAGCCAAGACAUAAAUUUGAUUGUGGGCGGGAUGAUGCAGAGCACGACGGCUUUUCUGAUGCUUUUCGGCUUCCUUGCUUUAGCUUAAGAGUAAGUAUUUCAUUAUCCCACGUGACCAUCAUCUCAUGACCUUUCCUGAGUGUCCUACGAAGUCUUCUCCCAGCUGGAAGUGAAAUUGGUCAAAAACUGACUAUGAGAUCGAAGUCAGUUAAUAUGCGGUGACGUUGCGUAUCUAUAGAAGUCCGUGGGAGUGGGCAGUGGAUCUUUCUCGUAGAGCAGGGAAGCAAGGAGAGCCAACUUACUCUGGUAGAGAGGAAGAACAUCAACAUUAACUACGACAGAGGGAAUGUAGUAGAAGAGGAAAACUCAGGGAAUCGUCCAGCGCUGGAAGAUAAUGAAAUGCUACCUCUAAUUACCACUGGUACUCAAAUGUAUCAAAUUGCAUCAUUGUCUUUGCAUUACCACUGGUAUUCAGUUACAUCAUCAGAUCCGCCUGCACGUCUAUGCGGCAUAAGUACAUCAUAAGUAUGCAGGUUAAAGCAUACAUCCCAUGCAGGCCAAAGGACCAAGCAGGGUGUCGAGUGCACCAGACAACCGUGUUUUUUUCUUGUAGAUGAAAAGACUUGUUUCCGAUUCGUUCACGACUUGGUGCAGGGUUGGUUACUUUAGAGAAAUGUGUGCCGUGCCUAUAUGCCGCCCUUUUGGCAGUCUGAGUUAUUGUAGAAGAAGAAAAUGCCAAGCAGAAGAGGUGAAAAAAUCCGAAGUAGAAGAAGAAAACCUCCUUGAUUCUCCUCAUCUUCUGUUCUAUACCUUGUUCAGGUAUUCUUCUCUUUUCUCAUGUUUGCGACAGAACGUGGAAACUGGAAUGAAGAACUGAUUAUGGCUCUUCAAAAUGAUCUAGAUUUCAUGAGUAGUGGUUGAGGCCCUCCAAAGUCACUGCUGAUUAGCUGCCUCUACCUCCUUGACGCUUUUCUCUACCUUUUUCGACUAGCUCUAUCAUUUUGCUAUUGAUUUUCAGACCGAGCACGGUGCUCGGUCGUGCCAUAUCGAUGCAUAAUAGAGGGCGCCAUUUCUACCUCACGGUUACGUUAUUCACUACCACUGCUGGACUAGAGCUUCGUUCAAAGGACAAAGAAUAUUCCUAUCAAUAACAAUGACAUAUGGUUCGUGCCAAAGCAAAGGCAAUGAUCAAAGCACCGCUAAGUUUGGUUUCCUCGUCAGUCUCCCUCCUGAUCUGACUCUCUCCUCAUCUGACUCUUUAGAGAAAGAACAAGUGGUUUUUACGUUUUCCCUCGUCUUUCACGUUCUCGCUCCCUCCAGGAGGGACCCUCCUCAUCUGUUGACUUUAAUGUGGGUUGUUAUGCACGGGCAAACGAGCCACACUAUAGCGGAUGCAGUCCUUUUCAAAACGUACCACUUGGGUUCUACUGGGCCGUCACGACUAUCACCACUGUCGGAUAUGGGGAUGCCUUUCCUUAUGACAUAAACUUUCUGGAUUUGUAUGACACUAAUGGUUGGCAGAAAGUUUCCUAGGCUCUGCCUCUGGUCUCAAAGCUGAUUGUAGUUUUUUUUUCUAAUUCAUCACCAGACUCGAUUCAUCACCAGACUCGUUGAUUGUCUCAGUUGCUUGUUAAACUUCACCAGAUUGUUCGUUGAUUGAUGUCUUAUUUGCUUGUUAGAAAAUAUCUCUACCUAGACUCGAGAAGAUGUCCCCACGUUCUAAAAUUUUCACCCAUUACUUUAAGUCACCACGACCUUAACAAGAUCUAGUAGGCUACCAACUUCACGACCUUCAGAUGAUCUCCUACUAGUAGGAGGACUACUAGGUGAGUGUGAAAUAUUCCAUUUUAUGUAAUAAUGGCCCGAUCCCAACAUGGCAUACAUCCUAUAUCUAAUAACCUAUUACGGUCUUCGGUCGCGUGGUAACAGGGGCAUGUAUGGUGGUGGGUCUGCUUUGCGUUGCCUGCCCGACCACAGUGCUCGGUGUGGAAUUUUCAAGUCUCUUCGACUUACAAAUUAGGGAUUGCGUCUUCGAAGUUCUAGAAAGCAAGUUGAAGUUCUUGAUUCUCCACUAAGAAAGUUCACUCAUCAAAGCUAUGCUGCUCUUACUUCGUCUUUCAUCACAUAUCACUCUAAGUUCACUAAUUGAUGCCUCAAGUAGAUCAUAUUGUUAUUUACUCUACUAAGAAAGUAGAGGGUAAGAGUUAUAGUUGCAGUAGUUUGAAUUCAAAGUACUUAGUUAAUCUAAUCUAAUCUAAUCGAAUAUCCUAGUCUAAUCUAAACUUAGUCUUCUUUUUCUUUUUCUUCUCAAAUGAAUCCGUUUCAGUUCGCUCAGUAUGCAUCUCUUUCUUCGGUUCAUGCAAGAAUGUGAUUUGGCGAUCUAUUGUCUUGUUGCUUCUUCUGUAGUCCUUGUACCUCAUGAUUUUUGUUUUCGUAGAAACGGCAUUGUAGCUCUCCACUGUGGAGGUACUAUGAUAUUGGAUCACCUCAAAAGUAGACAUUAAUAGCUACACAAGAGGCACCGUGCAGGUCAAACUGUGGACGGCGAGUCAACUCCUAUCCUAUCCAAUAGGCACCAUGGCAUGACAUGUAUGACGCCGCUCAUGGAGAGCGAAGAUAUGGGAACAUCGUUCCACCUAAAUAUGAAGGGGCCACAGGAGGGGAACGACAUUCCCCUAUCGACUUUCUCAAUGAGUGGAAGUAUUCAUGGCCUGGGAUGACCAUGCUUCACCAAUCUAAGGAGCAGCUAGAAGCGAAGCGCAAAGUUGGACGAAAGGAGAUGCUGCAACUAGGACGCGAGGAGCUUUUCCUCGUGGAUCAAAUGAAACAGCUUUCGUUAAGGCAACGAAGGAGAAAGCAUUUUUAAUCAGGGACUCAGUUGUAGUUCCUAUUUUACAAAUGAAUGAUUCAUUAAACACGGUUUUCAAUUAUAGUUCUCAUUUCAAGCGUCAGGGAAAUCUUAGGCAGAUUGCCAAAUCGAUUCACAUCAUCACGUGACUACUUCAUACAGGAUUUUUUUGUCUAAGGUCUACCUGAUUACAUCAUACAACAUGACACAGCUCUGUCUACUCUAACCUGCACAGCAAAGAAAAAAAUGGAACAAAAGACGCGGUACAUGAAACAGCUCAUUAUCGAAAGCUUAUGAAGUGAUUGAAUGUACUCAAGAAGAAGAAAACCUUCUAUGGCUGAGGAUACAGUGCAAACUGUGGACGGCAUGUUGUCACCUCCUAUCUUAUCCUAUCGCAUCCUAUGCUGCUCUCUUCGUCUUCAUAUUGCGGAGGAAAUAGCAGUGAAGCACUGGCAGCUCGGUUGCUUUGCACUGGUUCGGAUCGGAAUUUCGACGAGUAUGGAGAGUUUCUCUGCAAGAACGUGAAUUAUGGUAAAGACAUGAAUAUGGAGAGUUUCUCUGUAAAAAUGUGAAGUAUGGCUCGAAGCACUAAGUAAGUUGUAAGACAACCUGUUCUUUUUCCCGCAUAUCGUAGUUGCAUCCGUACUCGCAAAAACAUGAAUUAUGAUACCGGGUUUGGGUUUAGGUGAAUUAGUUGUAGCAGUAGUAGGAGGAGGAGAACAUCCACUAUUAUUUUAAUCGAGCAUUACGACCGUCGAGGCCCUCACGUUUCUAAGGGGAAAAUGGCAGCCUCGAUGUUCAUUCUGCCUGGAUAGAAAAAACGUCAUCGCCAUAAGAAAUGUAGAAAUAGAAACAAUCGGUUACAUGGGCUUUAAUUUCCUCAUAGUAUUAGUAACUAAUACUAAAACUUAACGUCUGCCAGUUUGCCUGGUAGGCCCACACCUAACCUAACCUAACUUAAGCACCAUAGGCAACACAGGCUUCCGCUCAUGAUUGUAUUUGAUGCUAAUAUGCGCAGGUUUGGCUACUUCUAAGAUACAUCUGGCAGCUUGGAGAACAUUCUGCGUGUGGCCCUGGAUCUAUAGCGUCGAUUCAGGCUCAAAACUUGACUGAAAACCUCAUGGCGCACACGAUCUUCCUCUAGAACUAGGACGAGGCACCACUACCAGGAGACGCCACUCAAAACUUCCUAGCGCACACGACCUUCAUCAACGUCGAAAAGAAUUAGGAGGUACUACUACGCGAUCGGGAAGUGUCAUUGCGUGAAGUAAGAAUCCAAAAGUUCAACGAAUCCGUUGUGCCUUUAUUGAAUAAUGUUCAUGUUGUAGUAAGUUGUAGUUGUAUAUUUUUGUUUUUUCCUUUUCACUUUUUUUUCCCAACGACCGGACCGGGGCGUCCGUUACGUCAUAGGUUUGGGUCAUGAUAUUUACAUUCACUAUAGCUCCUUUGGAUCGUGAUAAAUUCAUCCCAUAGAUGCCCGCUCGUCCGUUACGUUCACCAUAGCUCCCUUGGAUCAUGGAUGAUAAGUAUACUCAGCACAUACUAUAAUAUGAUAAGACAAGCCGAUCAUUCGUCAACACCACCUGUCGUGCAGGCGUUGUGAAGGCAUCCUAUCCUGUCCUAUCCUAUCCUAGUUUUCACCUCUAGAAACUCUAGGACUAUCCCGCGAAACAAUAUAUGAUAUGAUUGCGUCUCUGUGUUGUAUACAGCGUGUCACUUCCUGAGAUAAAAAGAUAUGACAAUGGGAGAUGCGUAGGCUGCCUUGCGUUCGUCGUUUACAGGCGUUGCCGCAAUGACUCUGCUGGACGCAAUUCAUGGAUAGUUCACCGCAGUGACUCUGCUGGAGCCAAGUAUCCACUGCUCUGCGCUCGUAUUUCUAUCAUUGAACAACUAGUUCAAUAGUUCAGCUCGAUGCUCGUAGCUAAGAUAUGCAGAAAGAGGGGGGGACUAUCUGAAAAGAUCUGUUGUUAGCGAAGAAAACCGAAAUGCAGUUGUCUCAGGAUGAAUAUUUUAAGGCAACAGGAAGCCAAUCACCCAAGUCGUACGGCGAGGCAAUUACGGCUACCUUUCAUGAUGUCGG